CCUUCAUUCUUUUCGGGUUUAAAAUAUGAUUGUUCUGUGGAUUAUCUGACCAAAAUACAACGCGGAUGAUGUACUCCGUAAUUCUUGCAGUCUCAAGCCCGUAGGACAUGAGAUAAUGUUCCCAAUAUCAAAUCAAGUCUUUACAAAUGUCUCGAAUUGGCGCCAGAAGAUCAGUCUUAUGCAGCACCCGAUUUGCAGUAAGACCAGUAUUGAGGGUCAAUGCCGGCAUUUGGCGGGGAAAGGUGACCUGCAGAAUCUCGGGCACGCGAACACGCUAAAACCCCAGAGUCAAUGCAUUUGCCAAACAAUGGCAGCGAAAAGUAAACAACAGCCUAUUCUGCACCCUCAACCCGAAUUCGUCACUGCAAAAGGGUUGCGACCAUGGCAGACUCACCAGAGGAACUCCUUUCGACAAUAGAGGAUUUCCUUGCAUCCAGGGUGCUGUCAAUCAUCCAACUGAGCGAGCCUUUAACCAAUGAAAUUCGCCGCGCCCCAAAUACUCGAAGUCGCAAACGUUCCGAUGCUUCUACCGACGAAUUCGAUCUCUCUGCCUUCGAUGACCAGACGCCCGCUGGAUUAGAGGUGGAACUGGCACAUUACAAGGAAUUAUUCUCCAAACUCCGCUUUUCCUUCGUCGAACAACUUACAAAGGAAAAAUUCCUCCGGGCACUUCUCACUGAACCGCCGGUAUUAGUCGAGCCGCAACAGAACGUGGAACUUGAGGAGGAGCUCAAGAGCGUCAAGGCAGAGCUUAAAGCACAGAAGAAUGGAGUCGAGGAACUCCUUUCUCAGAUUGAAAGCAGAGGCAGAGCUCUGGCAAAAAGAUACGAAGAAAUCCAAUUACAGACAAUACAACUGCGCGAAUUGCCUCCCCAUAUUGCGCAGCUCGAAGAAAGUAUAGAAUCACUACGGACGGAACAAGCGCCCGUCUCGGAUAACCCAGAUCUGAAUCUGUCUCUGGAUGCAUCUACCGAGUUGCUCGAAGAGAGGGAAGCGAAACUUGCGGAGGUAAAACAUCAGGUCGCGGCGCUUCAGUCCAUGUUGCCCCGAAGGCAGCGAGAAGUAGAUCGCCUUAAGGCCGAGCUGAGGCCCUUAGAGGAGCAACGAGCCAUGAACAUGGCGGCAGCAACAGAAGCUCUACGAAGAAAGGAGCAAGGCACAGGCGGAAUAGAGGAGGACUUGGAAACAAGAGCAAGGUGGUGGAAGGCUGUGCAAGCCAGCAUGACCGAGCUAGUGAAAGCUGGGAACUGAAAUCACUGGCUUAUUUGUUUUGUAGAGGUGGAGUAUGCGGCGUUAUGAAGGAUGGUGGCAGAUGUCACUGGCUGUUUCUUCCGAUUGGAGCUUUCUCUGGAUAUCUUUGAGUGUGUUUCUUGACCGGGGGAAGUUUCAAGGCAGGGUUGCUGGUACUUAAUAAGUAAAUUUACUGGGAUAUGACAUUUUAGUAAUUCAGCGGACUUCCGAGGAGGCUAGAAGCACAAAACAUUUAAUAUGAAAUUACAAAGAUUCUGGAC